UAAAUAAAUGUUAAAAAAGUUCAGUGAAAAAGGAGAAAGAAAACCUUCUGAAAAAUCGCAAUUCAUAAAUAAGAAAGUAUAAGGAAUAAAUAGUUAAUAAAUACAAAGAUUGAAAUAAUAUUAAUCUCAGUGAUCUAAAUAAAAAACCUAAACUCAUUAAGUAAUUGAAUAAAUGUAAUCAAAUAUGCAUAAACACCAAUUACUAACCCUCAAUUUAGCUUAGAGUUAGCGAAUGCCAUUCGCACCAUAGUUACACAAGUGCUUGUAUCAGAAGCACCAACUUUACUACAAAAUUUAAUAAACCCCGACUAGGGAAUUAUAAUCAGAUCAGAUAAUUGAGCCCAGGCACGCCAAUAAUUUAACAGGACUUGAUUUGGUACCAGAUGUCGUUUCGCUUCUUGGAAAAAGAGCGUGGAAACAAUUCUGAGAAUAUACGUGAACGAAAAAGGCACUCCUCGUUACUUCGGAAUCAUAAAUGUGAUAUGAAAUAAAAUAACCGGAAACGCAGACGUUGCUCUGGGGUCAUACAACACUCCUAUUAACUGGGAAGCAAUUUCCAAAUUCCUAAAUAACCAGAGUCGUCUUCAUUGAUUAAAUUCCUUAUUUAAAUAAACUGCAUCACUUUUAUAUCAUGGUUUUUCCCGGACAAGAGUGGGCAGCAAAUGAUAUCGAAUUCACUAUGGACACAACUGAUUUUUCUUGCUCGAUAAGGAGUUUUAUAACGACACGAUAUUUAUUUUUUUCCGCAUUUCACUAUUCACUGCCGAUAAUGUUUUUUAGUUGACCAUAGCUCAAAGAUUAUUUGUCUAAUAACAAUGAAACCUCGUAUUCGUCCUAAUUAUAAGUCACUGAACAAAUUAUGAAAAUAAUGAGCCUAAACUACCACCUACAACGCACUCAUUCUGUGAAUAUAAAAACGCUUCCUCGUAAAUACAUAGUUUUAAUCAUGAAUUUUGUUUGAAAAAAAAUUCAGCACAAAACUUAAUCGUGUUUCGCUUCUUUUUAUACAAAUUUUUGUACUGUAUUGAAUUUUUCUCAUGAUUCUCUUCAUAUAAUGUUAAGAAAAUUUAUGGAUCAGCUUGCUGUUCGUUCACAAAAAAAUAUGAAUACCCUUCAUUAGCGUAUUUUCUCAUUAUAUACAUCCAUAUAUUAAUGAAAAUUUUAAUACAUUUUUUUUUCUUAUCUUAUAAUUAUGAACAUAUUAAACGAAAAUUUUAUUUUAUUCCGUUUUAAUUAUCUACUAAAUAAUUCAAGCGCAUAAUUUAUGAACAUUUUUCUAUACAUAACAAUUAUUUUGGAUUGAAUUUUUGGUAUCGCUUAAUUGUACAUUUUUUUUUUUUUUUUUUUGCAUUUAAUACUAUUUUUGCUCAUACUAUAAUGUGAGGGAGCCUGUUUGCUUUUUAAACUUUCUAUGCAUACCUGGAAUGAAUUAUUUUGUUUAUUUUUUAUUUUGUUUUUAUUUUUCUUCUUUGUGGAAAAUAAUACUUUUUUAUUACUCGCAAAGCACUGCUGAAUCGAGCUCUGAACAAAAGAACGAAAAUGUGUUUAUUGCAUUACGCAAUUUAUAUUUUGCUUUAAAAUGCCAACACAAUUAGCUCUCUAUUACUUACAAUCGAUUGUUUGCAACUUAAUUCCUUUAAAUUUGUGCUUUGGCAUGCUCGAAUCCGGUUGUGUAUCUAUUAAGAAUGAAGUGAAUAUAAUGAUGAAAAACGUCAUUGAUAUUGUGCUUGGCGGUUUCACCUAUUGGCUCUUCGGUUAUGGUAUGAGCUAUGGACGAGGACCACUUUCCAAUCCAUUCAUAGCGGUCGGAGAUUUUCUACUCGACCCACCAGUUGGGGAUCCCUUGAUGGGCCAAAUCUUUGCAGCGUUUCUCUUUCAAUUGUCGUUCGCUACAACAGCGACAACGAUUGUGAGUGGUGCCAUGGCAGAAAGAUGCAAUUUCAAGGCAUACUGUUUAUUUUCCUUACUAAACACCGCUGUCUAUUGUAUUCCCGCCGGCUGGGUGUGGGGUGAACAUGGAUUCCUCAAUAAUCUUGGUGCUGUGGAUAUAGCCGGAAGUGGCCCGGUACAUUUAAUUGGAGGCGCUGCAGCAUUUGCCUCCGCUGCCAUGUUGGGUCCACGAUUAGGUCGCUACUCAGACGGUUAUGAUCCUCUGCCACUGGGAAAUCCUGUGAAUGCUUGUAUGGGUCUUUUCGUACUCUGGUGGGGAUGGUUGGCCUUCAAUUCGGGCAGUACUUACGGUGUCAGCGGUGCUAAAUGGCAAUAUGCUGCACGCGCGGCUGUUAUGACUAUGAUGGGAUCUUUUGGUGGUGGCAUUAUAAGUUGCGCAUAUUCGCUUUGGCGUCAUGAUGGACGUAUGGACAUUAUUGAUCUAAUUAAUGGCGUACUCGGUUCAUUGGUGUCAAUAACAGCUGGCUGUUUUCUCUAUCGUGCAUGGGAAGCCCUAAUCAUUGGUAUGUUGGGUGCACUGCUUUGUGUUGUAGCAAUGCCAUUGUUCGAUCGGCUGGGCGUAGACGAUCCGGUGGGUGCUAGUUCGGUUCAUGGUGUUUGCGGCAUUUGGGGUGUUAUUGCUGUUGGUCUCUUUGCUGAUAACCCAGUACCAUUGGAGACGACAAAAGGACGCUCAGGACUUUUUAAAGGUGGCGGUUGGUAUUUGCUUGGAAUUCAAACUUUAUCGGCAUUAUGUCUUGCUUGUUGGGGUAUUUGUUCAACAUUCCUGCUACUAUAUAUUGUCAAUAAAUUCAUACCGUUACGUAUGGAUCCAAAUGAAGAAUUACUUGGUGCGGAUUUAAUGGAACAUCGUAUACGUCAUUCACAAAUCGGUUUAUCACGUGCCAUAUCGGCAUUAGCACCAAUUAAAGUGGAUCUCAACGAAGUCGCUGGAAUCCAGCCUAUCGGCUUAAAUCCUGGACAUGAAAAGAGUAUUGAACAGUUACGCGCUGCUGAGGAUAAAUUACUACAAUGGCAGCAAUAUCUUGAGCAAAUGGGACCAGAUUUACCCAAACAUGUACAAGAACAAUUUGCUGCUGAAGAACACAAUAUAUUGAAGAAAAUUCAUAAUUCCCCCGACCUCAAGGCACAAACUGUGGGCAAUGUUUUUAGUCGCAAACUAAGAUCUGUGCAUAUAAAAGGAGAUCCGGAUCGUAAUGUACACACAGAUAUCACGCAUGGUUUCUAUAAGCCGAACAAUAAGGAAUUGCCAGUGAUUUCCUCAAAGCAACUUGGGAAGGAUACCAAUUUUGCUUAGAUCGAUUGAACAGUCGAAAAGUGUCAAGAUAUUUUUAGUAAUAUACAAUUUAAAUCAAAUACAUACCGAAAAAAGUUUACAAAAUUGUGUAUAUUUAGCGAAACCUGUAAAUGUCCUUUUAUUCAGUAAAAAUAGAGAGUUUCUCACACAAAACAUUAAA